AAAAAAAGAAAAAGGCCAAAAUGCCUGAACACAGAAAAAUGGCAAAAGACCCAGCCAGUGGAUCCACUGGACCUCCAACCAUUGAACCAACCAGCUAACCGAUCAGUUAGACGGUCACUAACGCCGACUAAUAAGCGGCUAACGCUGCUGGCCUCCCAAAAGAGCCACCAGACCUCCUCGAUCGACGGUCGCGGCACACUGGUGGUGCAUCCGUGCAAAUGCGAACUAAUGAGUGACGGGCGUAAUAUGAUGAUGGCAUGGAUUGAAUAGUGCCAGGAGCCGAACGGGACUUGUGUACUUUGCCCAUUCGCAAAACUUGGCCAGCUUUUAAGACACCGCAAAUCUCUCAACGGCGGUCCCGCUAUGCAGCCUGUUGACGAGUCUGAUUGAAGACUCGCUGUCGUUGGGACCACAAUUCCUCAUUCUUCAGGACCUUUUCCUCCCCUUUCCCGUCGGCGUUCCCCUUCUUUUUUUAUUUUUAUUUUUAUUAUUCAAUCCCUUCUUUUUACCGCUAUUAAUUCUAUUACUAUUAUUCGUAUAAUUAGCUCGUAGCGGUAUUGAUUUUUUUUUUCCCUCCUAGUUCCAUUCCCCAGAUUAAUCUGAAUUCUAUUUCUACCAUUUCACGAUCACCCACUCUUCCCUUCUCCCAGAAAUUGUCCUCGUAUUGCUCCGUCCCCAAUUCUUGAGCAAGAAUGGAAUCCCGUAGUGAACCAACGCAAAAACGCCCCCGGGAGGAAACUCCA